AUGAACUGUAUUAAUUAUUUGUUUUUCUUUGCUUUGCAGCGGUUAGUGACAUUUUUGGUUGUUGCUGCUCCGCUGUUGCUGCUUUCAGCGGUGACAGCCGAGAAGGAGAAGAGGGCUGUUUCUUCGUUCUCCAGUCCGAAUAACAUUUUCGGCUCGCAGCAAGGAUACAACUAUGAUUCUCCGGGUUACAAUUAUCCAAAGCCCGAGAUUCCUUUCGAAACGCGCACAACUAGGUUCAUUGUUACUACUCAGAGGCCGACUACUCCUAGACCUACCACCAGGCCACCUCCGCCACCAUCUCCAAAGGUUGUCGGAUACGAUUACCCAAAGCCUGUAAUCCCUUUUGAGACGCGCACUACCAGGUUCAUUGCUACCACCCCAAGACCAACGACUCCUAGGCCAACCACCACAAGACCUACUACCAGGAGACCACCUCCACCACCAUCCCCAAAGAUCGGUUAUGAUUACCCAACGCCUAUUAUCCCUUUUGAGACGCGCACUACCAGGUUCAUUGCGACCACUCCAAGACCAACAACUCCAAGACCAACGACUCCUAGGCCAACCACUAGACCUACCACCAGGAGACCACCUCCACCACCAUCCCCAAAGAUCGGUUAUGAUUACCCAACGCCCAUAAUCCCUUUUGAGACGCGCACUACUAGAUUCAUUGCUACCACUCCAAGACCAACGACUCCAAGACCAACCACCAGACCUACCACCAGGAGGCCUCCACCACCACCAUCCCCAAAGAUCGGUUACGAUUAUCCAACUCCAAAAAUCCCUUUUGAGUCGCGCACUACCAGAUACAUUGUGACAACUCCAAGACCGACAACACCACGACCAACUACUCCGAGACCUACAACCAGAAGGCCACCUCCACCAACCCCCAAGAUCGGUUACGAUUAUCCAACACCCCCAGUUCCUUUUCCAUACACCACGAAGACAACGACCAGGAGGCCAGUUCCAACCACCACUAGGCCACGCACCACCAGAUCCAUCACGACCAGGAGGCCACCACCACCAAUCACUUACUUGCCACCAGUUACUACCACCAGAAGACCACCACCACCCCCAAUCACUUACUUGCCACCAGUGACAACUACCAGAAGACCACCACCACCACCAAUCACAUACUUGCCCCCAGUCACUACCAGGAAACCAACUACUACCACCAGAAAACCAACUACUACCACCAGAAAACCAACCACCACUACCAGAAGACCACCACCACCACCAAUUACCUACUUGCCUCCAGUUACCACGACGACCAGGAAGCCAUACACUCCCGCACAGACCGUUACCAAAGUUUACACGGCACAAACGUUCACCACCAGGAGACAAACUCCACCAAACUAUUAUUUACCACCUGUCACAACCACCAAGAGGCCACCACCGCCACCAAUCACUUAUUUGCCACCAGUGACCACUAGGAAGCCAACAACAACCACCAGAAGACCAACCACCACAACCAGGAGACCACCACCACCACCAAUCACCUACUUGCCACCUGUAACCACUACCAGAAGACCACCACCUCCACCAAUCACCUACUUGCCACCAGUUACAACCACCACCAGAAGACCAACCACAACCACCAGAAGACCAACCACAACCACCAGAAGACCACCACCACCACCAAUCACCUACUUGCCUCCAGUAACCACAACCACUCGUAGGCCACCAACGACCAGACGUCUGACUCCACCACCAAACACCUAUUUACCACCUGUGACCACCAGAAAGACCACCACCACUCCAAGACCAACCACCAGAAGGACCACCACCACCCCAAGACCAACCACUAAGAGACCGACUGUGAGGAACACUUAUCUGCCACCCGAUACCGGCUACAGAUCAAACGUCAACACUUAUUACGCCUUCUAAAUUUAGUUAUUACAAUUGUAUUUAUUGUGUUCCACCUGUCUCACUAUCAAAAAGUGUUACUACUAUAAAAACAUAAUGACUAUUAUUAAUUCGACGACCUGAAUA